CAUCCACAGCUCAUCUCAAUCUCACUCAUACCCAAAAUGUCAUCCACAAACAAAGACGGCAUUGUCCGUCAGGAACCUGCAGCCAAUCCAGUCCAAUACGAGGCUUCCGUCUACCAAAACGGACUGCGAUAUGAGCACCCUCCAUUCACAUUUCACUCCAAUCAGUGGGAGCCGGAAGCGGCAAAAGCCAUGUCUGCGACAAGCGCUGGCUAUGCCAUUGGCAACGCGGGAAGCGGCGAGACAGCAAGAAAGAACGUGGAAGCUUUCAAGCGAUGGUCCAUAGUGCCGAAGCGUCUGAUAAAGAGCGAGGAUCUUCCCGAUCUGACUACCCACGUCUUGGGACAUGAGUUUCAGUUCCCUAUCGCGGCGGGUCCCGUCGGCGUGCUUCGCAUAUUUAACCCCGACGGCGAACUAGCAGUCGCUCGCGCCUGCGCAGAAAACAAUGUUCCAUACGUUAUGAGCACAGCAUCCAGUACCAACAUCGAAGAGGCUGCUGAGGCCAACGGCAAAGGUGUUAGAUGGUUCCAAUUGUACUGGCCCAAAAAUGAGGCUGAGGAGGUUACGAUCUCGAUGCUCGAUCGCGCAAAGAAGGCUGGAUUCACGGCGCUGGUCGUCACUCUGGACACAUAUAUUCUCGGCUGGCGACCAAGUGAUCUCGACAACGGGUACAACCCAUUCCUUCGAUCGGACCAAAUUGGAACUGCUAUAGGAAUGAGCGACCCCGUUUUCCGCAGGCGCUUCAAGGAACAGCAUGGCUGUGAAGUGGAAGACGACAUGUCCGCCGCCGUAUCAGAAUGGGCACGCACCAUAUUCCCAGGCACGAACCACGGUUGGGAUGACAUCAAGUUCCUACAGGAGCACUGGGAUGGGCCUAUCAUCCUCAAAGGCAUCCAGACAGUAGCGGACGCGAAGAAAGCGGUCGAAGUCGGAGUACAGGGGAUCGUCGUCAGUAAUCACGGCGGAAGGCAAGUUGACGGCGGUGUCAGCUCACUCGCUAUGCUGCCUAGGAUUGUUGAUGCGGUUGGAAAUAAGCUCGAUGUUCUCUUUGACUCUGGCAUAAGAUGCGGAGCAGACAUUGCGAAAGCCAUGGCCUUGGGUGCGCGCAUGUGUCUCAUUGGCAGGCCUUACGUUUAUGGUUUGGUUUUGGGUGGGCAGGCAGGCGUCUCUCAUGUGUUCAAAGCGUUGCUAGGUGACCUUGAACUUAAUUUGCAUUUGUCAGGCAUCCUGUCAGCCGACCCGAAGCACCUCAACCGCGAUGUUCUAGUCAAAGAAUCGGAUAUGUUUUAAAUAGUUACGGUUUAUGUCAAAAUCUAAUAGUAAUCUUGAAGGUCUUGGAAACUGUUCCAGAAUAGCCAUGAAGCGCAAGUGAACAACGAAUGCAACAUCAUUGCACUAUUUUCAACGAUUUUAAUACCUUGCGAAUGCACCUUCAUCAUCAUCAAUGCCAUCAGAAUUCAUUCAUCAAAGCGUCAUCGUCUAUUUCGUCCUCCUGUCGAAAUAUUGACCACUCUUGCACUUUAGCAACAUGGGCGGAAGUUAGCCAUCUCUAUCGUAAACGUCUUCCAUCUAUGAGCGAUCUGAUGACAGUGCUAAGAAAAAGCUGGGGAGUAGGAGCUUCUUAUACUUUUUCAAGGUUUCUGCCGGUCUAACUACUUCGAGUCAUCAUCGCGGUAAUCAUCACCACAUCAUGAUCCUCAGCCGCCCUUUCCUCGCGCCUCACAUCCCGACGGCGUGUGAACUCAUUUCAAAAAAACAAAAACAACACAAGUUGUCAAGCUUUCACUCCGGACUGCAUUGAGAUAAGCCUUCUCCCUUUUUUAGUAGCUUCUUAGAGCUCCUCUACGAAGUUGUGUAAAUAAAAGUUAAGAUGUAAGGGCGAAAAAGUUAAAAGUCUUUAUAUGCCUCGCCUAGGCCUAAGCCUUUUAUUAUCAUCACCAUCAUCGUCGCAUGAAUCCCGUAUCCCAAAUUCAAUGAGUUGUCAUAGAUCACACGUGCGACAUCAUUCUGCUGCAGGAAUUCUUGUAGAUCCUAUAAACCCCUUUCUUUCCCCUUUUAAGAUAACUAAGAAAGAGAUAGCAAGGGAUAAAACGCAAGUUUAUAUACCCUAAAUUUGCCUGUCGCAAUCCUCAUUAUUAUCAUCGCUACUAUCUAUGAUACUAAAAACACUAUUCCUAACAACACACCCGCACGCACGCCAAAACAACCACAUUGUCAUUAACACUCACUACUUUUGUCUCUCUCUUCUUCGUACUCUACAAGAGCAGUGUGAAAAGGAAGAAGAGAAAAACAGACAGAAGGGGGGUUUAUAUACGUCGCGCAUUAGUUAUCCUAGUGCUUAUCCUCAUCAUUAUUAUUAGUUUCUACUACUAUACAUACUAUUCUCAACAAUAUAUCCGCACGCACGCCAAAACAACCACAUUUAUGUCAAAAAGUCCCGACUUUUUUCUCUUCCUCCUCCUACUCUACAAGAGUAGUGUGCAGAAGAAAGAAGGAAAGGACAGACAAGAGGGGGGUUUAUAUACCCCACUCUUUGCCUAUCUUAAUGCUUAUCAUCAUCACCACC